CUUCUCAUUUUGAGACUACUCUAAAUGGAAAUAUGCUUCGACUAUCAGUCACUACUCCUCUUCUCGCCUCUUAAGGAAAAGGGUAAAAUGGGUAGAGGAUAAGCAUCUGAAUAGAAGAUCCAAUGAGCCAAACAAGCGCGUCGACUGUACCAAAUUCCGGGGAAUCUGGUCCUCGCUUAAGUUACAUUCAUAAUCCUGGUAGGAAACCACUGAAAUAUCUUACGAUUGGAAACUUGAUUGAGAAUGCCGCAGGUGCGUUUGGGGAAAAAUGCGCACUUGUUUCUGUGGUUGACAAUAGAAGGGUAUCGUACAAGGAGAUCUUGCACCAGUCGGAUAAAUUAGCUGCGGGUUUCUCCAAUCUGGGAUUGGAGAAAGGCGACCGAAUUGGACUGUGGGCGCCAAACAUCGUGGAAUGGGUCAUCGCGUUCAUUGCUUCUGCACGGGCCGGUCUUACUACGGUGGUAUUAGACCCGACCUACGAACCGAUAGAGCUGAAGAAUGCUCUUGUAAAAUGCAAGGUCAAGGCCAUUAUUUGCCCGGAUGAGUAUAAAGAUUUGCACUUCUAUGAUAAACUAUGUGAUUUGCUGCCUGAGAUUGCAACUUGUGAUGGCGAAAUCCUCCGCACGAAUUCGGUAUCUACACUGAAAACCAUCAUCAUCAUUUCUGAAAGACGUUUGAGGGGUACUUAUAGUUACUCUGACGUUAUGAACUUAACCGACGUUGUUGCUAAGAUAUCUUCGCCAGUCUCACCAGAUGACAUAUGCAUGAUCUUAUUCUCUUCUGGAACUACCGGGAAACCUAAAGCCAUUUGCUUGAGACACUUUCAAGUGGUAAAUAAUAGUUACGUAACUGGGAAGAGGCUUCAGUUGUGUACCUCAGGUCAGAUUUAUUCUGUCCAGGUCCCUCUUUUCCAUGUCUUCGGCGUGAUAGGGUGCUUACUGGCUGCUACUCACUUUGGGUCAACGUUAGUAUUUCCUUCACCGCUAUACAACUCAAAAGCGAAUCUACAAGCUCUCGUGGCUGAGAGAUGUACGAUUGUGUGCGGUACACCCACCAUGUUCGUAGACUUGCUAACCGUUCAAAAGAAACAGUACCAAAAACUAUGGCUCAAACAAGCGCUUAUAGGCGCCGCUCCGUGUACGCUUGAUCUAAUCCAAAGAAUAAAACGGAACUUAAAGAUAAACCGCGUAGAGAUUGUUUAUGGUUCAACUGAAAUGACUGGGAUCGCAUUUCAGUCAAUUACAGAUUGUAACUCAUUUGAAGGUUGGGGUUACAUUGGAGAUCACGUGGAAGCUAAAGUUGUAGACGCGAAUCACAAUCUUGUUCCCUUUGGUUCACCUGGCGAGCUAUGGGUACGCGGCUAUCUGAUAAUGGCGGAGUACUAUGAUGAACCAGAACAAACUAAGAUUGAUGUAAAUGAAAGCAACUGGUUUAAAACUGGGGAUCUAUUUGUCCUAAACGAAGAUGGCCAUGGGAAAGUUGUCGGUCGAUUAAAAGAUGUAGUUAUAAGGGGCGGCGAAACUAUAUGCCCGGGAGAAGUAGAAGAGGUUCUCAACACGCAUCCAGACAUUUUGGAAGCUUACGUGAUUGGUAUAGGGCACGAGCGAUUGGGCGAAGAACUGUGCGCGUGUGUAAAACUAGAAGCUGGGGCUACGCUAAAUUUAAGCUCCCUGAGGCAAUUCUGUGCUGGAAAAAUUUCGACGCAGAAAAUACCGACCCAGUUGCGCGUGGUUGAUAGUUUUCCAAAAACAACGUCUGGUAAAAUUCAAAAAUCCAAACUGAGGGACCAAUUCUCUGCAAAAAGUGUUUAUUUUCAUGGAGUUAUUUAGUGUGUAUUGUGUUUAGAUUGUUUUAAAUAAACGGUUGCCGGAAAA